AUUCAUAAUUGUAAAAACAAAAAAAAAAAAAAAGGCAGAAUUGUGUCUUCCGUUCAAAUGUUUUUCAGUCUAUACAAGUCGUGCUACAUUACUUUGAUAAGAAAAUGACGCCUGGACAAAUUUACUAGAACACGCAAUUACUUUAAAAUUGUGCAGCAAUUGGGUAACAGCUGCAGGCUGUAUGGCUAGCUCUUUCACGCGGAAUUUCAGAAACAUGAAUACAAUUUUUGUAUCUAAUUGCAUAAUAUAGGUGUACUGUAACACCGUAAUCUGUAACGAUAUUUGCGGUAUAUUGCAAUCUUUUGGAAUAAAGUUCUGGUUGUCGGUCUGUAUGCUUAAUUUAGCCACCCGUAAAUUGCAUUUAUAGACUGUGCCCUUAUGCGACAGCCAGGGUUGCAAAUUACUGGGCAUCUUUAACAAAAAUUGGGGGCAGUUUGACUUUUAUGAGAGCACAUACAGUUUCAGGAAAUGCAAAAAUGACCAGUCGCAGGAAGUCUGAAAGGAAUGCUGUAAAACGUUCGAUUCACAAAUGUGAAACUGAGACAUCUGAUAAGAAUCAAAAGCAAACAAGGAAGAAGCAAGUUCCAAAAAGAUUGAAACCGAAUAAUGACCUAAAUCCUGAUGACAUUCUGCAGUCUUCAUAUAAAGGCAUCAGAACACCUGUCUAUGGGCUCGACAGGCUAACAGACAGUUUCUAUGAUGUGCCUUGUGAAGAUCUGGCCAAGGGACUCCUGGGUAAAGUCCUUGUGAGAAGAUUAGAUGAUGGAACACUUAUUAAAGGCCGCAUUGUGGAAACGGAAUGUUACCCUGGAGGUGAAGACAAAGGUUCUUGUUCACACAGUGGAAGGAUCACUGAAACGAUUAAAGCCAUAUAUAUGAAGCCAGGAACAGCUUUUGUGUAUUCCACAUAUGGCAUGUAUUACUGCAUCAACAUUUCUAGUCAAGGUGCAGGGGCAGCUGUUCUGUUGCGGGCACUGGAACCCCUGGAAGGACUGGAAUGCAUGCAGCUGCAGAGACAGAAAGGAAGAAAGUCUCCGUCAUCACAGAAAGAGCUGAGAGCCCAAGACUUGUGUAAUGGUCCAGCGAAACUGUGCACGAGUUUCAGUAUUACUAAAUCAUCUUGUAACGAACAGGACUUGACGACAUGGGAUGGAAUGUGGAUACAGGAAGAUGAGUCAUCUGAUCCAUGUGAUAUUGUGACAUCACACCGAAUCGGGAUUGAUUCAGUUGGUACCAAAUGGGCAUCAAAGCCUUUUCGUUUCUAUCUGCUGGGAAAUGCAUCAGUCAGUCGCAGAGAUAAAGCCAGAGAAGAGACAUUCAAGCAAUGAUGAACUGUUCAUUUUAAUGAAAGACCUGAAGAUUUUCGUUGCAUCCUCAAGAAUCAGUUUGUAGAGAAUUUAGCUAUCUGUAUCUUAUGUGACGUUUUAGAAUAUUUUAUCAAAUUUAUAAUAUAUACAUACUUUUACUAUAUCAGUAAUACUGGCACAGUCAAUAAGUUCGUGGAAUGGCCACGAAGUGUCUUACAGGAAUUUACUGCCAAUAUGUUUCAGCAGUGUUUUUGGCAGCUAUAUCAAUGUUGGCAGACUUGCAUAGCAGCCAACAGCAACUAUUCUGAGGGCCAAUGUGGAUCUGCAUAAGUGUUUGUGAAUACCUUGUAUUGUCUUGUAAACAAUUUAAGAACUAGGUUAUGUCUUGUUACCUAAGUGAUGUUUACUGUUAUGUGUAACUACAGUUACGUGUGUAACAACAGUAUAUUUUUAUUGUUAAGUGUUACUAUGGUUAUAAGCCUGUAUGUAUAUAUAAGGCGUACUUCUGUAUCAAAUA